AUGGCUCAGUCGUACAGUCCAUUCCCCGAAGGCAAGCUGUCUGAUCUGGCAACCACUGCCCAGGAAUCCAAGGUCGUGAUCUCGGAAAAGAGCGAGCAGUCGCUCAAAGACCUUGCCUUUGGUUCGAUCGCGGGUGUGGCAGGCAAGUUUGUCGAGUUCCCCUUUGACACCGUCAAGGUCCGCCUCCAGACUCAACCUCUGGACCACCCCAUCUUCAAGGGUCCCUUCGAUUGCUUCCGUCAGACAAUCAGAAACGAGGGCUUCCUCGGCCUGUACAACGGCUUGUCAUCUCCUCUUGUCGGUGCUAUGCUCGAGAAUGCCGUGCUCUUUGUCGGAUACAGACGUGCUCAGGACAUGUUGAGGGAAUUCAUUGCCAUCCCCGAUGCACACCAUGCUACCCCAGGAGCUGAACCCGCCCCCCUCAGCAUCCCCAUGCUCUGCCUUUCUGGAGGUAUCUCGGGCGUGUUUGCAUCGAUGGUCUUGACCCCUGUGGAGUUGGUCAAGUGCAAGUUGCAGGUCCAGCAGAUAGGACAUUUGUAUACCAAGGCCAGCAAGACCGGACCUACUCCCAAGGCUCUUCACAGUGGUCCUCUCAGUGUGAUCAAGCACAUUUAUACCCAGAAUGGUCUCCGGGGGUUCUACCUCGGACACUUUCCCACUUUUCUCCGCGAGACUGGCGGUGGUGCUGCAUGGUUUGGAUCCUACGAGGCUGUCUGCCGCAUGCUAAUCGCCCGUGCCCAAGCAGUCGCGCCUGCCGGUAAAACGGUCACACAAUCCGAUCUGGCGGCUCCUCAGCUGAUGAUGGCUGGAGCGCUUGCGGGAAUGGCUUACAACUUCAUCCUCUUUCCCGCGGACUGUAUCAAGAGUCAAAUGCAGACACAGGAUGUCCUCCGCAGCCAACGCGGUAGUGCCCCUGCGCCCUCGCUAGGCUUCUUGGCAACAGGAAAAGAUAUCUUCCGUUCCGAAGGUAUCCGUGGUCUGUACCGUGGAUGCGGCAUCACCGUUGCUCGGUCUGCCCCCUCUAGCGCCAUUAUCUUUAUGACAUACGUGAGUAUUGGACCUUUUAGACCAUUUUAG